CAGAAUCAAAGACACAGUUUCUUCUUCUUCUUCUCUAUCUCUCUCUUUUUCUAAAGAAACGAGUUCAUUUUCACUCAAGCCUGGGAUCUUCAUCAAGAACUGAUUUCGCGUUACAGCACGAUCAUGAACGCCAUUAACGAAGGAAAAGACUGGAGUAUAUACUAAAUACCAGUUAGACUGAGAAAACUCAAAAGAGAAAGAAACAUUUAUGUGUGUUUAUCGGGUGUUGUGUUGUCAAGAAGCUGUAAGGACAAAAACAAAGCUUUUUAUUAGUUUCCUCUACCAAUUUACAAAGGGGGAUGGAUUUUUCUAGUAACGCCGGAAUGAUGAUGGAGAAUAAGAGGAAUGUCGUCUGCUCUCUCGAAGAAAGCAACAUCAAACGCCACAAGUCUGAUCUCUCUUCCAAGGAGAGGAAGGACAAAGUGGGAGAACGUAUCUCGGCUCUUCAACAGAUAGUUUCCCCUUACGGAAAGACCGACAUUGCGUCAGUUCUUCUAGACGCGAUGCACUACAUAGAGUUUCUUCACGAGCAAGUCAAGGUUCUAAGCGCCCCGUAUCUGCAAACAGUGUCCACUGCUACGCUGGUGGAGAUGGAGCAGUACAGCCUGAGCAACAGAGGAUUGUGUCUUGCUCCAAUGGAGUUUACAGCUGGAGUUGCUCAAAGCAACGGAGCUGAUAUAUGGGCGUCAGUGAAGACUCCUCCAUCUCCAGCUUUAAAUGUCAAGUCUCAGUCACCCUUCAGAUGACCGCUUCAGACUCUCCACAACCUACUAAGAAUAUCUUUCUCUUAAAGCCCAAUGAAGAAUAACAACUUUUUUUAUGAUUUUAGACGGACACAUAAACACGUUUUUAGAACAGCUUAUGGUUGGCAAUGGUCUGUUAUUUAUUUAAAUGCUUAAUGCAUACCCUUAUUCGGGGACUUAUGUAGAGUUUUAGAAAAAUUAAAUUUUUGAAAGCUUUAUCUUUCCUUUGGAA